GUUUCACAAAGCAUCAGUUAUGCGAUUGGAUCAGACCGUUGUUCGAGACUACAACGGUCCGCUAUAGGAAGAGGAACAACCGGCUGUCCCGCAGAACCACCUCACUGACCGACCAUCAAGACGGCUUGUAGAGAGAGAGCUUGUGCGUGUGUGUGUGAGAGAGAGAGAGAGAGAGAGAGACAUAGACCAUGGCUGUGGCGUGGCCUCGGUGCUACCACGGAGGGGUCACUAAGAAAGAGUGUGAGGUGCUCCUGGGGAAGAAGGCCAAGGAGGGAGCCUUCCUGCUCCGCGACAGCGAGACGGUGGAUGGGGGGCUGUGCCUGUGUGUCUAUAAACAGGACAUUGUGUACACCUACAGAGUGAUGACUUCUGGCCGACGCUACUCACUAAUAUCAGCCGAAGGUGUGCCGAAGGUUUACUUUAGCAACCUGCAGGAGCUGAUUGUCCACUAUAGGAAGAAGGACCAGGGCUUAGCCACUCACCUGCGCUUCAGCGUCAGCAGAGUGACGCCCCCUCGCAUCAAGCCCAAAGUGCUCCAGGACCUAGAGUCGGCCAUGGAAACGGUGUAUGAAAAUUCCUAUGCUACGUACGUCACCGUCUUGCCCUGAAGGAACUGUCGACACAAGGUUUAAAUAUCUCAAACUGCAGAAGCUGCAAAAUUCUUCAUUUUAGAGUUUCAGGAUGCAUAACGUAAAUGGUUGUCUUCCCAUGCUGCAUCAGUUGCUUGUGGCUCCUUUUAUUUCAAGAAAUUAACUUAGCCAUUACUUGUUUUUGUGUUUACAUAACAUUGAUAUUAUAUUAAUAUUGGUUGCUAUAUUGUAGAGGAUGACUGGGACAUCCGAAUAGAUAUGAGGAGACAGUAGGUCAUUUUCUGGAAUGGGAACUGCGACUUCAAUCUCUAUAAAGCUCUUAAGUUCUUAUAAGAUAUUUGUAAAACUUUCUUUUUCGCUAUACGUCUCUUUAUGCCUAAUGCCUGAGUCUCUGGACUAAAAGGCAACUUUCUGUUUCUCUUUCUGUCUCUGUUUAGUGGCGCUGAUUAUUAAUCAUCUCUCGUUUAAUUUCAUGUGCUCUGUUGUUUGUUUUUUAUAUAGCCUAAGUAUAUAUUAAUAUAUUUCUCCCUAUCUGUUAUUUGUCUGAUAUUAUUCCAUUUAUUAUUAAUGGUUUUGUAUAAAGAACCUAAUUUAUAAUAAAAUAAAUAAAAUAAACACAAAUGUAGAGGAGAUAGGGCAUUUGUUGCUGUUGCCCUGAAACAGCUUGCCACUGCAUAUUAAAUUAUCCCCCUCUAGCUAUUUUUAAAUCAAAUCUUAAAACUCAUCUCUACUCUAUUGUCUUUAAUUCAGUCUAACCUUUCUUUUACCUCAUCUUUAUCACAUCUUUUAUUCUUUUGAUCCUGAUUGUACAUUGAUUCAUUGCAUUGUGGCAACGUCUAGCCAACAUUAUCAUUGUUAUUAAUGUCAUUAUUAUAGUUAUUGUUAUUAUCGUCGUCUCAAAUGUAUGAUUGUUACUUGUUUUAUUGUUGUUUGUUUUUUAAAUAUACUUUACAAAUAAAUGUACAUUUACAUUUACAUAAUAUAUAAUAUUAAAUUCUCUUCUAGUCUCGCCUACUCUUUAAAAGUGCAUUUUAUCUGGAAAACCCCAUUUGGUUUUGCGCUCCAAGACUAAAAGCAAGAAGUACAACCAAUCGUGAAUUUUAUAUUUCCUCUUUUUGAGUUUUGGAGGUUUUGACUUGUAUUUCACUUUAAAUCUCAACGAUUUGAAUUUGCUUCUCUAAUUUACCAUCAGGGAAUCAACACUGAAUUAUAUAAUGUGCAAUGUUAUAUAAAUUAGAUUGUUUGUUUUGUAUUGGAUGAUUGCAUCAGGUUAGAAGUUAGGCUGCUUAUGCAUAGUUUAGUUGUGUAUCUGACUGUACAAAGAAGAGCAGUGCAACAGGACAUGGGCGAAAAAUUAUUUCUUGAAUCCAAAAAUACAGACAAAUCGAAUGAUUUAAAAUGAAUAAAAACAAAAACAAGACAAUAUAUACAUGCAUCUGUCUGCAAAUGUAUGCUGCACAAUAGUUUCCAAAGUGUUCCAAAAACUCUCACUGCCCUCUCCUGGUUAGUCUUUUGUGAUGCCUGAUUACGUCAUGGUCACGUGUCCUAAUAGACAUGGUGUUUAGGGGGGGGAGCGCAUAUAUCAUUUUCAGUAAGUAUGUGAGUAAAUAAGAAUAAAUAAUCCAACUCACUUAAUAUGUUUGAAAGAAUAGAUAUUAUUUAUUGUUCACCUUGCACUUUUAGGCAACAUAUACCAAAUUGUGUACGUUAUGCCAAUUGGUAUA